AUGUCCUCGCCCCACGACGCUAGCGGAGACUUCCCCUUGCACCUCCUGGUCUGGAACAACGACUACCGGCAGCUGGAGAAGGAGCUGCGGGACCAGAACGUGGAGGUCCUGGAUCCUCGAGGUCGUACCUUGUUGCAUCUUGCUGUUUCUUUGGGACAUUUGGAAUCUGCCAGAGUCCUGCUCCGACAUAAAGCAGAUGUGACAAAGGAAAAUCGCGAGGGUUGGACAGGCAAGUUUUUGCAUGAGGCUGUGAGCACCGGCGACCCCGAGAUGGUGUACACGGUCCUUCAGCAUCGGGACUUCCACAACACGUCCAUGGCCCUUGAGGGAGUUCCGGAGUUGCUCCAGAAAAUUCUCGAGGCUCCGGAUUUUUAUGUGCAGAUGAAAUGGGAAUUCACCAGCUGGGUGCCCUUGGUUUCCCGAAUAUGCCCGAAUGAUGUCUGUCGCAUUUGGAAAAGCGGUGCCAAACUGCGUGUGGAUAUCACGCUGCUGGGCUUUGAGAACAUGAGCUGGAUAAGAGGGAGGCGGAGUUUCAUCUUUAAAGGAGAAGACAACUGGGCAGAGUUGAUGGAAGUCAACCAUGAUGACAAAGUGGUCACCACUGAACACUUUGACCUUUCCCAGGAAAUGGAACGCCUCACUCUGGACCUGAUGAAACCUAAAAGCAGGGAGGUUGAGAGGCGGCUCACAAGCCCCGUCAUUAACACCAGCCUCGAUACUAAAAACAUUGCUUUUGAAAGAACUAAAUCCGGAUUCUGGGGCUGGAGGACAGAUAAAGCAGAAGUUGUUAAUGGUUACGAAGCAAAGGUUUACACGGUGAACAAUGUGAGUGUGAUCACCAAAAUACGGACAGAACAUCUGACCGAGGAGGAAAAAAAAAGAUAUAAAGCCGACAGGAACCCACUGGAAUCGCUGCUUGGGACUGUGGAACACCAGUUUGGUGCUCAAGGGGACCUCACGACAGAGUGCGCCACGGCCCACAACCCCACAGCCAUCACGCCUGAUGAGUACUUCAACAAAGAGUUCGAUCUGAAAGACAGGGACAUCGGAAGGCCAAAGGAGCUGACGAUUAGGACGCAAAAGUUUAAAGCAACGCUGUGGAUGUGUGAGGACUUCCCGCUGUCCCUGGUGGAGCAGGUGGUCCCCAUCAUUGACCUGAUGGCCCGCACCAGCGCACAUUUUGCCCGGCUAAGAGACUUCAUCAAACUGGAGUUCCCGCCCGGAUUUCCCAUCAAAAUAGAAAUUCCCUUGUUUCAUGUCUUAAAUGCACGGAUUACAUUUGGAAAUGUUAAUGGCUGUAGCACUGCUGAAGAAACUGUAUCUCAACAUGUGGAAGGGACCCAGCCUGAUUCAGCUUCCCCUCUCACAAACUUUGAGGUUGAUCAGUCUGUGUUUGAAAUCCCUGAAUCUUACCAUGUCCAAGACAACGGCAGAAAUGUGCAUCUGCAGGAUGAAGAUUACGAGAUAAUGCAGUUUGCCAUCCAGCAGAGCUUACUGGAGUCCAGCCGAAGCCAGGAGCUUUCAGGACCAGCUUCUAAUGGAGGGAUCAGCCAGGCACAUGCCUAUGACGCCCAGUAUGAGAGGGCCAUCCAGGAGAGCCUCCUCAGCAGCUCCGAAGGCCUGGGCUCCGACAUCUCCGGUGAGACCAGCCGCUUUGACAGCGACCUGCAGCUAGCCAUGGAGCUCUCCGCCAAAGAGCUGGAGGAGCACGAGCUGCGGCUUCGCGAGGAGGAGGCGGAGCUGCAGCAAGUUCUCCAGCUGUCACUCACCGAGAAAUAG